AUGAAUAUGGUAGAGGAGAUUUGUCAUAUUUGUGAUGAUCGUGCUACUGGUAAACAUUAUGGAGCGAUCAGUUGUGACGGAUGUAAAGGAUUCUUCCGGAGAAGUAUUCGAAAACGUCACAAUUAUGUAUGUCGAUUUAAUAAAUGCUGUGAUGUCACAAAAAAUCAAAGAAAUGCCUGUCGCUCAUGUAGGCUUCAAAAGUGCAUUGAGGCUGGAAUGAAAUCUAAUGCAAUCCAAAACGAAAGAGACACCAUUGGAAAACGUAAGAAGCUGGAACCGGAGACGGAAGAGUUGCUCGACGGCUUGCUGCGGUCGGAGAAACUGUGUCAACAACUGAGAAGUUCUGUGAUCAAGAGCACUGAACAGGUCUCUUAUGACUGUGGGAAAGUGAAAUGUUGGCGAAUCGAGGAUGAUCGACGCGCCACGUUAGACGACGUUGGUAAAAGUAUACACCAACAACUUGUGCUCUUAGUGGAAUGGGCCAAAUCUCUCCCACAGUUCACGCGUUUGUCUAUGGAUGACCAGGCUGCUUUGCUCAAAGCUACAGCCGCGCAGAUUAUCAUUCUUGGUGUGGCAUUCCGAUCACUGUCACUUGAUAACUCAAUAUGCUUAGCGAACGAUACCCUCAUUCCGAAGGAACAUGCUGCGAAUGUUGGUGACAUCAAUUGUGUGGUUGGUCGGAUAAUCGAUGAACUAGUACUUCCAAUGCGACGUCUGGGUAUCGACUUAUGCGAAUAUGUUGCCUUAAAGGCUAUCCUAUUUUUCAAUCCAGUGGCCAGAGAUGUUUCCGACCCACACUCGGUGGAGAACGCCCGGAUUGCAUGUCUACGUGCGAUAGAAAGAAGAUGUCAACGAGCAGCUCUAAUCACAGCGUCAGAAUGCCGGCCUGGCCGUCUGCUGCUGCUACUUCCUUCUCUGCAGGCAGUAGCUCAACAAAUGGUGGAAGACGUGCAAUUAGCGCGUCUCUUCGGCCUUGCUAACGUCGACUCUCUUAUGGAAGAGCUCAUCUUACACGAUGAACGACCAGAUCGAGAUGUUCGACAAAGUCUCGCAAGCCCAUGCCAGAUGACAGAAGCGAAAGCCGACAUAAGUCCAACACCUUAA